AGUGACGGCCGCGCGGGAGCGGUCACAUGACUGUAUCGGCUGCCUGUACAGUAAGGACCCAAUAUGGCAGCGGCGGUAGCAGUGGCAACGGCAGCAGGAGGACCGGCCGCCCCAUAGACCCCCCCGCGCAACACCCCCGCCGCUUCCUCUGCUUGGGUGCUCCUCCGGCCUGACUUCCCCUUUCUCCCACCUUUCCCGGCACCGCGGGAAAAGCAGCGCAGGGCAGAGCAGGCAGGGAGGGCGGCCGGAGCCCGGACACGGGAGCCUCCCAGUCAGUUCAAGACCCGACAUGAGGGAAAAGGGCCGUAGGAAGAAGGGCAGGACCUGGGCGGAGGCCGCCAAGACGGUCUUAGAAAAAUACCCCAAUACACCCAUGAGUCAUAAAGAAAUUCUUCAAGUUAUCCAGAGAGAAGGACUAAAAGAAAUCAGAAGUGGGACUUCCCCUCUUGCAUGCCUGAAUGCAAUGCUGCACACAAACUCCCGAGGUGAAGAGGGCAUCUUCUAUAAGGUUCCUGGUAGAAUGGGAGUAUAUACUUUAAAGAAAGAUGUGCCGGAUGGGGUGAAAGAGCUAUCGGAAGGUUCAGAAGAAAGCAGUGACGGUCAGUCAGAUUCCCAAAGUUCUGAGAACAGCAGCAGCAGCAGUGAUGGUGGCAGCAACAAGGAGGGAAAAAAGAGCAGAUGGAAAAGGAAAGUAUCGUCUAGACUGUCACAACCAUCCUCUCCCCAGUCGGGCUGCCCAUCACCCACCAUUCCAGCAGGUAAAGUCAUUUCUCCAUCACAGAAGCACAGCAAGAAGGCACUAAAGCAGGCUCUAAAACAGCAACAGCAAAAGAAGCAGCAGCAGCAGUGCAGGCCGAGCAUGUCCAUCUCUUCCAACCAGCAUCUCUCUCUGAAGACUGUCAAAGCAGCCAGUGACUCUGUAACUGCCAAACCUGCAAUAUGGGAAGGAAAACAAUCUGAUGUACAGUCAAGCAGCCCUCAGAACUCAAACUCGAGCUUUUCUUCUUCAGUUAAAGUGGAAAAUCCUUUGCUAGGCUUGGGGAAGAAGUCAUUCCAAAGGUCAGACAGACUCCACACAAGGCAGAUGAAGAGGACGAAAUGUGCUGAAAUUGAUGUUGAGACACCAGACUCCAUCCUGGUGAAUACAAAUCUUCGAGCUCUGAUCAACAAACACACCUUUUCAGUCCUUCCUGGAGAUUGCCAACAGCGACUGCUUUUACUACUUCCAGAGGUGGAUCGACAGGUUGGUCCAGAUGGUCUGAUGAAGCUAAAUGGCUCAGCCCUUAACAAUGAAUUCUUCACUUCAGCAGCACAAGGCUGGAAGGAAAGGCUCUCAGAAGGUGAGUUUACACCUGAGAUGCAGGUGAGAAUUCGACAAGAGAUUGAGAAGGAGAAAAAAGUAGAGCCAUGGAAAGAACAAUUCUUUGAAAGCUACUAUGGUCAGAGUUCUGGACUGAGCCUUGAGGAUUCAAAGAAAUUGACAGCUUCACCCAGCGAUCCCAAAGUAAAGAAAACCCCAGCAGAGCAACCAAAAUCCAUGCUUCCUUCAGAGGCCUCUCCUGUCAGUAUAGUCCCAGGAAUUCCCCAGUUAGAGUCUAAAGAAGAAGUAGUGUGUAUGCCAUCACCGGUCAGAAAAGAAGAGCACGAAAGCCAAGAUAAGAUGCAGCCAAACUCCAAAUCCACAGAGCCCCUCCUUUCCUCAGCUAGCAAUACAAAUGAGCUUAGCAGCGUUCUUCCCAUCAAGUGCCCAAAGGAUGAGGAUGUCUCGGAGCAGAAGCCAGCAGCAUCUAGUGAACAGGAGCCUGAGAAAGAGAAUCAUCUCACUACAGCUUCUUAUCAUAACAAAAAUGAAAGCCAAGAGGCUUUAGUUACAUCUUCAAACAAACCCAAGAGUCCUGGAGUGGAAAAACCAAUAAUGAAGCCCAUAAUAGAAGCAGGUCCACAGGAGACUGCUAUGAAAGAGCCUCUGUCAACUCUGGUUGACCACAGCCCAGAAAGCCUCAAGAGGAAGUCUUCUCUCACCCAAGAAGAGGUCCCUACGAGCUGGGAGAAAAGGCCACGUGUCACUGAGAAUCGCCAGCACCAGCAGCCAUUUCAAGUCUUGCCGCAGCCCUUUCUCAGUAGAGGGGAGAGGAUCCAGGUGCGAAAAGUACCACCUCUCAAGAUCCCGGUCUCCAGAAUCUCCCCCAUGCCGUUUCCUACAUCGCAGGUCUCUCCCAGGGCUCGUUUUCCAGUCUCCAUCACUAGUCCUAACAGAACAGGAGCCAGAACUCUUGCAGACAUCAAAGCAAAAGCCCAGCUGGUCAAAGCACAGAGGGCAGCAGCCGCAGCUGCUGCCGCAGCCGCUGCAGCCGCCUCCGUUGGAGGGACCAUUCCAGGACCUGGCCCAGGAGGUGGACAAGGUCCAGGAGAGGGUGGUGACAGGAACACUGCUAGAGGGGGGAGUCCAGACCCACACAGAGUCAGUGAAACUGGAAAGGGCCCCGCACUGGAACUGGCAGGAACUGGAAGCAGGGGAGGUGCGAGAGAGCUUUUACCCGGUGGUUCAGAGACUCAACCCCAACCUGAGACCAAGACCACGGGCCAGGCCCAGCCUCAUAGUGUCUCUGGAGCACAACUACAGCAAACCCCCUCAGGGCCUCCAACCUCUGGCAGCAGUGGAGCAGGCAUCAGUAUCCCACCAGCAGCUCACACUAACGCACCCUCAUCAGCUUUAGGGAAAUUGAAUAAUGAGAAGCUGCAUACCGCCAGGGCAACAGCCACAGGGGCCUCUGUCAGCCUCCCACAAGGGUCCAGUAACUGCAGGCAGGAGAAGGUACCUUCUGCUCCGGCAGGGCCUGCUCUAAUCUCAGGUGCCUCACCUGUUCAUUUUGCAGCUGAUGGCAUAGUGGAGCCCAAAGCAGGCUCUAGUAAGAGUACACCAAACCCUUCAGCCUCAGCAGAGACAGUGGCUAGGGCUUCCGUGGAUAUGACGUCCUCUCCUUUAGCAUCUUUAUUAAUAGCAGCCACUUUAGAAAAGCGUUCUAUACCCCAGGCCAGUGUAACUGUAGCACCUACUGGAUCAGCUCCAUCCUUGAGCGCUCUGCCAGCAGCUUCUAGCCUUAAAACUCCAGGAAUUUCUUCAAGUACAAACGGACCCAUUUCAAGGACAAGCUCUAGCAUCCCUGCUAACAAUCCUUUGGUCACUCAGCUGCUCCAGGGCAAAGAUGUUCCCAUGGAGCAGAUUCUGCCUAAACCUCUCACCAAAGUUGAAAUGAAAACUGUUCCACUGACUGCAAAAGAGGAAAUCGGGAUGGGAGCACCCACAGGUCCCAACGUAACAGAAAACAGCACCAGAGAGGAAGUUCAUGAGAGGCCGUCUCAUCCAGCGCUACAGCAGCUGGGUAAAACCUUGCAAAGUAAGCAUCUCCCCCAGGUUCCGAGAUCCCUUCCGCUCUUUUCAGGUAAGGAUCUGAGGGACUCUGGCAUUGACACACACCAACACCCAGAAGGACUAAGUAAAGCAACCCAAGAUCAGAUCCUUCAGACCCUCAUCCAGAGGGUUCAUAUGCAGAGGCAGAAUGUUCUCUCGUUUGUGCAGCCCUCCCAGUUCAACUUCGCUCACUCAGGUUUCCAGUUAGAAAACAUCUCCACAAGCCAGAGGUUCAUGCUGGGGUUUGCUGGCAGAAGGACAUCGAAGCCCGCAAUGGCAGGUCACUACUUACUGAACAUUUCCACCUAUGGCCGGGGCUCAGAGAGCUUUAGGAGGACCCAUUCUCUACACCCUGAAGACCGUUUCUGUCUAAAUAGCCCCAAUGAAGCCUUGAAAAUGGGAUAUACAGACUGUAAAAACGCAAUGGGAGAUAGUAGCAGCAGCAAAGACGAUACUGAUGAGGAAAGUACGGGUGAUGAGCAAGAAUCUGUCAUGGUGAAGGAGGAGCCCCAGGCUUCUCAGAGUUUGGGCAAGUGUGAAGCAGGUUCAGGGCCCCCCAGUAGAGAAACUCUAUCCACCAGUGAUUGUUUAGCUAAAAAGAAUGUGAUGGCAGAAACACCAGUGCACGAGCAAACCACUUUAAGCAAGGAGAAUUAUCUGUUCACUAGAGGCCAAACAUUUGAUGAAAAGACCAUAGCCAGAGAUUUUAUUCAGGCAGCACAGAAGCAAAUGGCUCACGCAGUGAGAGGUAAGAUGAUGCAUAGCAGCCCUGAGCUUUUCAACUCCACUGUUCUUCCUCCUGCAGACAGCCCUACCCAUCAGCCUCUCCUCCUUCCACCACUGCAAACCCCAAAGCUAUAUGGAAGCCCCACGCAGCUCGGGCCAAGCUACAGAGGCCUGAUCAAUGUCUCCACCUCAUCUGACAUGGACCAUAACUCGGCUGUACCAGGGAUGCCGGACUGUAGCCAGGUAUCCAGCAACGUAGGUGAUGUCAUGUCCUUUUCAGUGACUGUCACUACCAUCCCUGCCAGCCAAGCUAUGAAUCCGAGCAGCCAUGGCCAGACCAUUCCCGUUCAGGCCUUUCCUGAAGAGAACAGCAUAGAGGACACGCCUUCGAAAUGUUACUGCCGAUUGAAAGCCAUGAUCAUGUGCAAGGGGUGUGGAGCAUUUUGCCACGAUGACUGCAUUGGCCCCUCUAAACUGUGUGUCUCUUGCCUUGUUGUUCGGUAACGGGACUAGAACACAUUGUAAAGGAAGUAGGAAGGGAAGGGUUGACAAGAUGUGUUUUUUGCAUCCUUUAGGAAUCACAGAAAUAAAUAGGUUUCAGUGGUCUUAAGAGACAAAUGUUACUUAAAUCAGGAAUACAGAGUACAGAUCUUACAUUUUAGAGAAGAGCACCUUGUAUAGUAAGUCUAAGUCAAGCAAGACUUUGUGAAUUUGUGACAAGUUUGCACUUACAAAAUCAUGUAAAUAUGUCACAUUUUUGUUUUAACAUUUUUCCUAAUGUUUAGGUAAUAAUGUAUUACUUUGAAUUCAGAUUUAUGUUCCACUUCACAGACGGACAAAAGUUGAAUGCCAUGCGUGGUGAAAGGAGGCAUGUCUCCCUUCUGUCCUUCCAUGAGAAGCUCGGAAGGAGUGAAGGAAUGGUCUGGAGAAGUGAGAAACAACCAUUCAUGCUGAUUAUGUUUUGACUGUCUGACUGUAGGCUUUACAUGGGUUAUUCAGCCUUUGCAUAAUUUGGAUUCAGGAUUUACUCAGUCCCUUUCCCUUAGAUGCAACCUUCUUAAGUUCAAAAUUUUAAUAUUAUUAUCAUUUCACAACUAGUACUUCAGACUCUGAAAGCUCUGAUUGCGAAGCACUUUGCUUGCAAUUGGUGGAUCCUGCUGUCCCCUCCUCCCACUCACUCCCCUGCCCUGAGACAGUGAAUGUGGCCCAUGAUGGAUAUGCCUCUCUGGUGGUACCAUAGCUUGGGCAGGGCAACAGUCAGCAGUAAUAUUCAGUGACUUAGUCGUUAACGGGAGCUUACAAACAGGUUUGAAAUACUAGUAUAAAAUUAACAGAAAAGUGUUACUGAUGGGGUUGAUUUGACCUAUGUAUUUUGUUGGGCAGUGGGGUAAAGGUGCAAAAACUUGUAAACUGAACGUAAGAACUUUGGAAAAGGAUUUUAACAUUAGAAACAAGGUGGCCUCUGUUUUCUUCUCUCCCAAACUGUUACCUAAGUUCUGUAGUCAGCUGGUAGAAAACCUCAUUAAUACCACAUUUGUCCACUCUGUUAAACCUGUUUUGACCUCCCAGGCAUCUGAGAGGUAUGGAGUAAUAUAUUAUGUAUUACUUUGAACACACACAUGUUCACACACAUAUACACAAUAAAAGUCAUACACUUUUCCUGUUUUAGAAAAUAUAUCCCUAUUUUGGAUUACUGCUGCCUGUGCGCUAGAAAUUUCUAAUGUAAGGAGGCCUGAUGUAAAUGGCUAAGGGAACAUAAAGAAAGGAGAGAAAUUAGCCCAAAGUUUUGUCUGUUCUUAUUUAUUUUUGUUUCCUUUUUUGUUGUUUUCAAUCCUGUAUCUAGUGACUAAAGAAUUUUUGAGUAUAUACAUUUAGGUCGUGGUUAAAGAAUAUUAAAAUAAAUUUAAAACUUACCAGAAUUUGGUAUUAAAAAGUUAGGUAUUGUCAAUGCGCAUCAUUUGCAUGUUGAUUUCAAGUUGCCUAGUUUCAAGUGUGAAAAGUACAAGCUACUGUGACCUAGUACAGUUAUAGUUGUACUUAAUAUUCAGGAUGUGAUAGUUACAACAUGCAGAACAGUGUAAACGUGUUAAUUAAGUCACAUUCCAGAUUAGGAGAAAGUAGGCAGUAAUCUUUGCUUUGCCCCCAUUCUACUACCCUCUCCUCCCCACGCUCCAUGUUAUACACUCUCUUAAUACUUUCAGACUCCCUAAGAAACUUAUUACUGCACUGUUUUUCAUUUUCUGUGGGGUUUUUGUGUGUGUGUGUGUGUGUGGCCCAAGUCAAAUAUAGGAUUAAUAUCUGUGUCCUAGUUUCAUCCAAGACAGUUAGAUGUCCUUCUAACUUCCCUUUUUCUUCCAGCACACACAUAGCUAAGAGACAUGAAACCUGCAAGGAUCUAGCGAUAAGGUUUAAAUUCUUUAGCCAAGAACCAGUAGGAAACAGAAACCAUGGCUCUGUUCCCAAACUUGUAGUACCCUGGGAAAUCCAGGGGGUGCUUGAAAGACCUAUGCUGGGUAAAACUUGCCAUGCCCAGCUUCCCACUGCCCGCUUCGGUGGCAGGACCGAGGGCUGGUCUGCGUGCUGGAAACGGUUGGGGUGGCAGAACUGACCCCAUGUUAAACAUUUAUCACCAAUUUGGGUUGAUUAAAGUGAUUUUUCUUCUUUGCGACUUCCCUGUCAUAGAAAGUUUCUCCUCCAUAGUUCCCCUAAUCUGAGGAUGGACAGACUAAUCGGGAAAGGAGGAAAGGCAUCAGGGAUUUUUUUCCAGUCCAUUUAGAGAGCAAACCAUAUCGUGCCUCUUCAUCUUGACCCAGCAGCCUCUUGCAGAUGAUCCUAAGUAUUAAUAUUCACCAGAUUUUCUUAAAUAAGACCUAGCUAAUAAAAUAUUUGCAUUUUUGAAUGCCCAUUAAAGCAAAUUGUCAGCCAGGUACACUGCCUCAAUAUUGAUCAAAUGAAAGAAGAGUUGGGUUCUCUUAGGUCAGUAGUAAAUUGAAUACAAUCCAUUUAUCAAUUUUUCACAACAGUGGUUUCAAGUAGAAAGUUGUUUAUCUUACGAGCUAAACAGGAAAGAAAAUUACGAUCUGGCCCUUUUGAAAAGGAAGCAGCAGGAACAAGAAAAUCUUUAAAUUAUUAGAGGAUGGUACUUCAGUACCUUUAAAGCAAUUUUUACCUUAGGUUUUCAGAAUUACUUUACCUUUCAAUUCAAUCUGCAAUAUUUCUAUUAAAUGCUAAGCUUAUUUUUAUGGCGUUGAGUUGCACUGUUUCCAGUGACUAGUCAGGCACUGCCUGAUGCUUAUGCCUCCAGGGUGUGCUUCUCAACACCGUUCAACUGCAGGUCACCUUGGGGAGGGAGAGAGCACUAACAAUAUAUCAUCUCAGUCUUGCUUAUGAAUGUUCUAAAUUUUCCAGUGGAGAAGGCUCCCUGGAUCUUAAAUAAAUCUUAAGGAAUUUUAAUUAAAAUUCUCCAUCCUAUUAAAUAGGAAAUAAAGCCAAAUAACCUGGAAUUGUUUGCUCUAUUUUUAUUCCUUAAUCCCUGUGCUCAAGACACUGAAGCUAUCUGUGGUUUCCCACGUAACAUUUUAAAGGAUAAGGUCUGACAAAUGUGAAAUUCAUCUUGGGGUAGGGGGAGCAUAUUUGCAUGGGCUAGGAAGGUACACAGAUGCAGAUGUUUUAGGAAUUGUCUUGGAUUUAAAUAAAGGGAAGAAUUCAUCGCCUUCCAGGUGAAGGUAUAAAUUCAUAUAUAUUAAUGACCCGACAGCAGUAUCCUAAUUGCUUAUUAUUGCCUCUCUCUGCCUUCUAGUCUUUAAUAAACUCUUGAAUGAAAUGAUUUGUUAAAAUGAGGGGGUCUUCUCUGGUCAUGACACUGCUAUUUAUUUCUAGAAUUCAUGGUCAGUGAGUAGUGCCAGGGUGGUUUUCUCUGCGACCUGGAGGUUUUACUUUCCCAGCAAGGAGGGAAAGGUCUCCCCGUUGCUUUACAACAAUGUGCUAAGUAAAAAACUUGGCCGAGGGUAGUAUUCAGCUCCAUUUAUAGAAUAGUCCAAAGAGACUCAGAAACAUGAUAGGCAGGGAUCUUUCCUAUCAUGUUUCAAUACCUACAUGCCUGUUGAAAGAAAACAAUAGGUAAACAUUUCCUAAAGUUGGAAGUAAGAGCUUCAUAGAUUCUUGGUUACUUUAUUUUUUUUAAUGCUUUACAUUUGAUACAAUUAUUAAAGAUCAAUUUUAAAAAUAGCUUUCCAGUAAUAUAUUUUAAGUAAUAUAUAUUUUAAUAUCUAUGUAAAAAGUGACAGUGAAAGAUUUUGAAUUUCUCAUAUAUGGUAUGUGUAAUGUAGGACCUCACUGUUAAGGCACAAAUGAUUUCCAAGGAAGAUACUCUAAAGACACUCAGAUUAUUUCAAACAAAUGCAAUAAGGGGAAGAGUUUUGGAGUUUAUUUUUUAUUUUAAAAGAAAAUUGACUUAUUUACCACAAGCUAUUUUUUUCCUUCUGGCUGUAAGGUUUGUACAGACUGGUUUGGUAAAUGCUAACCUUUUUGUGUCUUUUGCUUUUUUAAAGGAAUUGUUAACGUUGGAAUUGAGGGUAUGUACAGAGAAGUUGGUGUCAACACCAUUUAAAAAGUCAUAUUUUUUCACAAAUAUAGAGAAAUCAUUUUACAUAAGAAUUUUAAGUAUUUGCAAUAAAUAUAUGUAUAUAGAUUGUAUGUAUUCAUAUAUUCUUAUUUUUCAUUUUAUUAAGUAAAAGAUAAUUAAAGUGAAAAUAAAACCUUGGCGUUUUUGGUGAAUCUUCAGGUCUGACAUACGUCUGAGUGGUGUGGGUAAGGGCCCUCAGUUGUUGCCUUAUAUGACUUUUGGAAGAUUACCACAGAUUGUAUAGACGGGAGUAAACUGAGUAAUUUGGUGAGAAUCAGGGUAACAUAUUUCUUUCAGAACUCUAGUAAAAAUAAUAAAUUAUCUUAAUCUGUUCGUCUGUUUUCACCUUUGAACUGUUUUAUCUCCUAACCACCUAAUGUCGCUGGAAAAGUAAAACAAAACAAAACAAAACCAUGGUGUAUUCUUUUUUUUCUUUUUUUUUUAAAUGUGUCCAUUGUUUGCUUCUAGAACAAAGAAUGGUAAGAAAAUAUCUCAGGGGGGAAAUAGGUUUUCCUUUCUCCACAGUGGUUAAUAAUUCAUUAGCAGACAUUCACUGCCAGUGACUUCCAGCGCAGGGGUGUGUGACGAAAUACUCUCAUGAAGAUAAUAGGACACUUUUGUUUCCCAGUUUCUCUCUGAGAAAUGAGAUUCAGAGCCAGUUUUCUGUCCCUGAUCUGGACAGGUAGAAGAGCUAGGAGAACCUGGGUUUUGAUCUCCCUGGUGUCAGGAAGGGCAUUUAUGAAAAAGAAUUGAGCCAGACGUUAGAAGAGGUAACUGCCCAUAGCCCUGUACCAGGAGAUAAUAUGGGAUCCUGAUGUCCAAGAGAAGUAAUGUGGUUGUAAAAACUUGGUUUUAGGUUGUACUUGAGGAAGCAAAAUG